AUUACAUCACCCACAACCAUGCCCACAACGCCUUUCAGUUACAUUUGGCGAAUUUUCCGUGAUUAAACACAAAUUGCAAACAUGCAAAGGUUUGUCAGACCUCUUAUGCUUCGUGGUUCUCAACAGAUUAUUUUACCUACAGCGGGUCAGCCUUGUACAAACAGCAUAUCUGCUGUUCCAUGUGUAAGGGGAUAUAGUGUAUUGCCUCCCACCAAUGAUGAAGAGGAAAAAGCCAUGCUUCACAGGAUGAUGAGAGUGGACCAUGCAGGAGAAUAUGGUGCCAACCGAAUCUAUGCUGGUCAGAUGGCUGUUCUUGGCUGUACACAAACACGGCCACUCAUUCAGGAAAUGUGGGAUCAAGAGAAGAAGCACCUGAGUAAGUUUAAUGAGAUACUUGGAGACAACAGAGUGCGUCCGACCCUCCUGCUUCCUUUGUGGAAUAUAGCAGGAUUUGCUCUUGGAGCUGGUUCUGCUCUCUUGGGAAAAGAAGGGGCGAUGGCCUGCACUGUGGCUGUAGAAGAGAGUAUCUCAGAGCACUAUAACAGCCAGAUCAGAACUCUUAUGGAGAAAGAUCCUGAGAAAUACACAGAACUGCUGCAGAUGAUUAAAGAAUUUCGGGAUGAUGAAAUGGAGCACCAUGACACUGGACUUGAGCAUGAUGCUGAAUCAUCCGCCACCGCUCUCAUUCUACGAGACAACGUCAUGUUUCCUGAGCAUCAGGGACCCCGACCCAAGAUUACGUUGGACCCCGAGCCUUGAAAGCCUUCCUAGUCCUGUGAGUGAGUGAGUAAGUGUCCUGAAAGCAUUGCAGUCAUUGAGUCUGUUUUGAAACUUGAGUCUGUUUUGAAACACCUGCAAACAAAUGCCGAUUUUACAGCGACCCACUUUUCUGUCUGUUCUUCCUCAGGCUCUCGCUGAAGAUGAUUUAAAUGUAGGAUGUGUGCCCACAAUAAAGUUUGCACCCUUGCACAUAAGUACUGUCCUUCUAUCUGUUCUCCCUCCGGCUUGUGCUGGAGGUGUUCCAAAUGUAGGUUCUUUACCCACUAUAAAGUAUGCACCCCUGCACAUAAGCAAUGUUCACACAAUAUCAUAAGCACAAAACAGCUGGGCGCCCAGAUCCCUAUCACAAAGCGGCCUGUCCCAAGACUUUAUUCAACCCCUAGCUAUGCUGGCCAAGACUUGGGAAGCCAUCCCUGGUAUAUCAGAAUGGGUGUUGAACAUAAUAAAACGAGGCUACUUGAGUUUGCUCACAGACUAGCUGAGGUCUAAACUUCAGUGAAAAGCAAUGUAGCUCAUGUCCUUCGUACCAAAGUGUUGAAACUGCUAACCAGUCUCUUUAUCACAAACCGAGUGGGCUUUUACAGCCGCUACUUCUUCAUCCCAAAGAAGGAUGACGGCCUCAGGCCCAUCUUAGUUCUCAGGCACCUGAACGCAGCGCUUAUGACGCACAUGCUCAGAAUGCUGAAAACCACACAAAUCCUUGCGCAGAUUUGCCUAGGGGAUUGGUUUUUCUCAGUGGAUCUGAAAGGUGCUUAUUUUAGCAUUCAGAUAACCCCCAUCACAGGCCAUUCUUGAGAUACGCCUUCGAGGGACAAACUUAGCAGUACACACUCCUACUAUUCUGUCUAACCCUAGCACCCCUGAGACAACAGGGAGUGUGAGUGCCGAACUACCUUAACAAUUGGCUGGUUAUAGCCCAAUCGGAGGCACAGUUAAUAACUCGUAGAUCCUGGCUCCUCAGCUAUCUAAUGCCUAGGUCUCAGGAUCAAUGCUUCCAUGAGCGUGCUGUUUCCUACUCAGAAUAUAUCCUUCCUGGUAACAGUCAUAGAUUCUUUACAGAUGAAAGCGCGGCUCACGUCAGAACACGCUCUCGCUCUCCAGCGCCUAGCGGGCAUCGUUCAGAGCAGGCGACUGGUACCAGUCCGGCAUCCAUUUGAGUGUGAUUUUUGAAAAAGAAAGUGAUCUCGACAAAUGCCUCCAACCGUUGGGUGG